AUGGCGACAAGAAAUUCCAUUACUGAUCCUGAAUGCAGAAUGGGGUUUUUCCCAUGUGGAAAUGUAACUAUUUGCCUCCCAAGGACAUUUCACUGUGACGGUGUAAAAGACUGUGAGAAUGGGGCAGAUGAGGAGUACUGUGGGGAUAACAGUGGAUGGGCAAAUAUUUUUUAUGAAGUCCAUGGGAAAACCAAUGAUGUCAUUGAACCACAGGAAUGCUGUCUUUCCAGAUUCCCAGAAAGCUGUGAGUGCAAAGACACUGAGCUGGAGUGUGUAGAUGUCAAUUUAGAAGCAGUGCCGUACGUCUCCAGCAAUGUAACACUCCUGUCUCUAAAGAGAAACAAGAUUCACGCACUUCCAGAUGAAGUUUUCAUUGGCUAUCAUGAUUUAACCAAGUUGUUUCUUCAACACAAUUGUUUGAAAAAUAUAUCCCAGAAGGCCUUUUUUGGGCUGUACCAUCUACAGCGGCUUUACCUGAGUAACAACUGUAUUAGUUAUCUACAGCAAGGAAUAUUCAGCCACUUGCGUGAACUAAAAUGGCUAAUCCUGGAUGAGAACCCAAUAAUUAGAAUUUCGCAGGAUAUUUUUGCUGGAUUAACAUCCUUGUUUUUUCUAUCAAUGAUAAACAAUUCUUUGGAAGCCCUUCCUCAAAGGUUGUGUGCCCAGAUGCCACUUAUUAACUGGAUGGAUUUUGAAGGUAACAGAAUAAAGACUUUGGAGAGCUCCAGCUUUGUGACAUGUAACGAGCUGACUGUUCUGUUUCUACGUGGAAAUCAGAUCAGCUUAGUAAAAGAAAAUAUAUUCUCCUCAUUAAGAAGCUUAGCAGAAAUAGACCUAUCAAACAAUUUAAUCACCCGCGUGCCUCUCUCCAGUUUUAAAGAACUGAAGCACCUCCAGAAGCUCAACCUGGGAUGUAAUCCUCUCUCUCUCUACACUGAGCAAUUUGAAAGUCUGCAACAUCUUCAGUCACUAGACCUGGAAAAAAUCGAAAUUCCCAAUAUAAGCACAAGAAUGUUUCAGCCGAUGAAGAAUCUUUCUCACAUAUAUUUCAAGAAGUUUCGAUACUGUUCCUAUGCACCCCAUGUGCGUGUCUGCACCCCCUUAACAGACGGGAUAUCGUCUUUUGAGAACCUUUUGGCAAACACCAUUCUCCGGGUCUUUGUUUGGGUGAUUGCUUGCAUCACUUGCUUUGGGAACAUCUUUGUUAUCGGAAUGAGAUCCUGUAUCCAAUCAGAGAACAAGACACACACAAUGUCAAUAAAGGUCCUGUGCUGUGCUGAUUGUCUGAUGGGAAUCUAUCUCUUUUUCAUUGGAGUGUUUGACGUGAAGUACCGAGGACAGUACAAGAAAUAUGCGCUGCUUUGGAUGGAAAGUCUCCAGUGCCGAAGCCUCGGGUUCCUGGCAAUGCUCUCUACUGAAGUCUCCGUUCUGCUGUUGACCUUCUUGACUUUGGAAAAAUACCUUGCUAUUGUUUUCCCAUUCAGUAAUAUUCGACCUGGAAAACGCCAGACGCUAAUUAUCCUUAUAUCCCUAUGGGCAGUUGGAUUUAUAAUAGCCAUUGUUCCAUUUUGGAAUGAAGACUUUUUUGGAAAUUACUACGGAAAAAAUGGAGUUUGUUUUCCACUUUAUCCUGACCAGACAGAAGAAGCUGGUGGGCAAGGAUACUCCCUAGGAGUGUUUUUAGGCGUGAACUUAUUGGCCUUCAUCAUAAUCGUGUUUUCCUACAUCAGUAUGUUCUGUUCAAUUCAAAAGACUGCCCUACGAACCUCCGAAGUCAACAGUCACAUCCACACAGACGUUGCUGUCGCAAACCGAUUUUUCUUCAUAGUAUUUUCCGACGCUGUGUGCUGGAUCCCAGUGUUCCUCCUAAAGAUACUCUCCCUUUUUCGCGUGGAAAUCCCUGGCACCGUUACCUCAUGGAUCGUGAUAUUUAUCCUCCCCAUUAACAGUGCCUUAAACCCCAUUCUCUACACACUCACGACGAGCUUUUUCAAGGAGAAACUCAAGCAGUUGCUACACAGGCAGAGGAGAAGGUCGGUGUUCAGGAACGAAAGGAAAAGUUUAUCUACGUCUCUGGUGUGGACAGAAGAAACCCUGGUUCAGCAUCCUUCUCUCAAACUUGGAUUCCUCCAUAAAAAGUCUUUAGAUGAGAACAUUAUUAAAACGACAUGACAGUGUGUGAGAUGGAGCCGGGACCAUUUUCAGUUGGCGGCAGGGUGCAGUGGAACCGGGAAUGUUGAACUGAUUCAGCUGUUGUUCAACUGCCAUUCCUAGAAGCUCUCCAGCCCGUAGCUGACAGUGGGAGCUGGAAACUGUACUUCAGCCAAUAGCAGGGCUGUGGGACGGGCGACAUUAAUCUAAAGAGGUACUGUUGCCAUCUUGGCUCUACUGCCCCUUCACUCUGGAACACCCAAGGACCACUUUGGCCUUAGCUUUAACUGCCUCUCUUUCUGAGGUGAAUGCAGAAUAUACAUAUUUGGGAAAAAUAACUCUGGCACCAACAUGGAAUUAUACAUCUCAUGGAGAUAAAAAGGACCUGCUGGAGUGAAAGAUGUCACAAUGCAGCACUAUUUAUUCUUUAUGACUCAAGUCCCAUUGCGCCGAACAAAUGACAGUUAGUACUGAGUUGUAGUAACAUUAUUUUAGUAUAUUUUGAGGACCUUUCAUUUUAUUGUCAGUCACUGGCACUUAAAAUGAAGAAAAUUGUUUUAUUUAGAAA